AAAUAAUAAAGUCCCUACUUGAGUAUUUCACGCGUUUCACGCUUAAAUCAUUGAUCGAUUAGAUAAAUACUUUGGCCAGAGUUUGAGUUCACAAUGGCUGAGUUGCCUAAAUCGGCAAAAAGUGAAGGUCAGGUGUCCCAUCGCCCUCGUACAACUUCCGAUCCUUUGCAUCCUUACCGACUUAGACCAUAUCCCAUUACACUACCCCCUGAAUCCUCCCCUCAUUGUGCUUUUCGACCCAUACAUCCCUUAAAUAACGGCAUCAACAGAGCUUACUAUUGGGUGGACACUUUCACCUACGGGGGAGUCCCCUCGACGGCCCUUUGGGGCGGCGAAGACAUCGACGGCCACCAAAUCUACGUGGGCAGAGCCUACUUCAAAAGCGACUGGAUUCCAGCCAAGGUCAUUCCAGGUCGUAGCAAGGCUUAUGUGGCUUACGGCGGCAAGGAAUACACCGUAGACCGUUUUCAGGUUUUAUGCGAACAACGCUUCGAUUGGGUGAAAACUACUGAAGAUAAAAUCCCCGAAGGGGCGGUAGAGGGAGGGAGAACCGUUGGCGGGGAACCCCUCUAUAUCGGUAGAGUUGAACACGAAGGGUCGCACACUGUCGGCAAAGUUCAUCCGAGUGACAAAUGUUGUUCGAUUCCGUUUGAUGGGAAGGAACUGAGAUUUUCGGAAUACGAAAUUUUGAUUCUUCGGUCUUCGACCUCCACUGCAGCACUCAGCUUCGCUUCGUGCCAAGGCUACGGUUUUAAACCGGAAUUUUCUCAUUCCGCACCUUUAACCCCUCCUUCAUAUCCUCCAAAUCAAAACAGUUUUUACCCUCCCUUACACCCCUCAGGGUAUCCACCUCAAAACACCAGUUUUAGUCAUUCUAGCCCUUCUAAUAAUCAAGCCUUUCGUUGGGUCGACAGUUCGAUCGCUUAUGGGUCAGUACCACCGACAGCCCUCCAGGGUGGUAUGGACGGUGAUGGCCACCCCAUUUACGUCGGUAGAGCCUACCAUGAUGGUGACUUGAUCCCCGCUAAAGUGAUUCCCGGAAAAAAUGCCGCUUACGUCGCUCACAACGGCGAGGAGCACCUAGUCGAAAAUUUCCAAGUUUUGUGUAAACAAUAUUUCGAAUGGGUGCAAUCGCACGCCGGCCAUCUGCCACCAGGGGCGGUCCAAGGGGGCCACACCAGCGAAGGGGAACCGCUUUACAUCGGUCGGGCCUAUCACGAAGGUUCCCAAACAAUUGGCAAAAUACACCCUAGCCAUGGGGUCUGCUACAUACCCUACGGUGGUGAGGAAAUCGCCUGUCCCGAAUAUGAAACUUUAGUUCUUAGAAUAUAAACGUCAUUCUUGUACACCACUAUUGGUCAUAUCCGCAUCUUCCUCCUCCUCUUCUUCCCCUUCCAUUUCGUACAACCGCACCUUCCUUCGAUUUUCAGCCAAUACGAUGCCCACACGUCGACUCCCCGACACUGCAAACUCCGCCCCCACCAUCCCCUCCACACUUUUACACAGUUUGGGAAGCAAACACGAACCGUUCAAACGGGGGACAUCGUCAACCCCACCACUGAAAAUUACACUAUCCGUAUCCCCACCAUCCACAAACUUAUCCAAAACGCCACCUAUCGGUAUCUGACUUAAAACUGUAGUUUUAGCAACGGUGUUUUCUUGCAAUAAAACCGACAACACUGUACUCGAAUAUAAUUUAAUAUCGAUCACGUGAUAAUUAUCAUCGGAAUUGUCACGGGGGAAGUACAAUCGGGCACAUUUCACGAAACAAUUGCCAUCGUCGAAGUACACCUGCAAGCCGAGAAUUGUCUCAGGUGGCUGUAAAUAACAAAAAAGGAUCGAUUCUUUGUUUACGUUGAUUUGUGACGUGCGUAAUGACUCGCCCCCACAAUGGAAACAAUUGAACUCAUGUAUGAGAUUAAAUUCUGCACUGAUUUUCUCUCUAGGUGUUGUGAAAAUAUCAUCAAUACUUUUUGUCAAAUGUUUGUACUGUUGUAUCAGCGACAUCUCUUCGUAGUGUUUCAAAAUAGAGUUAUUUUUUUGAA